AUGCCGAGCAACUCGGGCACUUUCAAACGCUGGGUGGUUCCUAUAGCAACGACGAACCGGAAGUGUGGGUCUAAGGCCGGAAGCGGAAGUUCCGAUCAAAAAGUUGAGCUGUGUUGGACAUAAGUGCUGCUAGAUGGACACUCCACCGCUCUCAGGUUCGGACUCGGAUUCUGACGAUUCUCUUGUCACAGACAGAGAGUUGCAGGAUGCGUUUUCCCGAGGGCUUCUGAAGCCAGGCCUCAAUGUCGUGCUAGAGGGGCCGAAGAAGGCGGUGAAUGACGUGAAUGGCCUGAAGCAGUGUUUGGCUGAGUUCAAGCGGGAUCUGGAGUGGGUUGAAAGGCUCGAUGUCACCCUUGCUGCGGUGCCGGAGGUCAGUGGAUCUGAGGUGCCAACACCUGAGAACAAGGACCAGAGAGCUGUUAAUCCAGAAGACGACUUCCAGCGGGAGAUGAGUUUCUACCGUCAAGCCCAGGCCGCAGUGCUUGCAGUAUUACCCCGCCUCCACCAGCUCAAAGUCCCUACCAAGAGGCCCACUGAUUAUUUUGCAGAAAUGGCCAAGUCUGAUCAGCAGAUGCAGAAGAUUCGACAGAAGCUGCAGACUAAACAGGCUGCCAUGGAGAGGUCUGAAAAGGCUAAGCAACUUCGAGCACUUAGGAAAUAUGGAAAAAAGGUGCAAACAGAGGUUCUUCAGAAGAGGCAGCAGGAGAAAGCACAUAUGAUGAAUGCCAUUAAGAAAUAUCAGAAAGGCUUCUCUGAUAAACUGGAUUUCCUUGAGGGAGAUCAGAAACCCAUUUCACGGGACAAGAAGGCAGGAGCUAAAGGCCAGCAGAUGAAGAAGGGGCCCAGCGCUAAACGACGAUAUAAAAACCAGAAAUUUGGUUUUGGUGGAAAGAAGAAAGGUUCAAAGUGGAACACUCGUGAGAGCCACGAUGAUGUGUCUAGCUUCCGGGCCAAGACAGCUCAUGGCAGGGGCCUCAAGAGACCUGGGAAGAAAGGAUCAAAUAAGAGACCUGGAAAACGAACAAGAGAGAAAAUGAAGAACAGAACCCGCUAAACAGUAUCUUUGAAUACAAAGAACCAGGAAAAAGGGAUGAAGGCCUGGACUUCCAAAAUACAGUUAUAUCCGUUCUGUGGUUUCUUUUUGUAAAAAAAUGCUUUCAAUCAAUAAACUAAAGAAAAAUUAUCAAAGGAAC